GGCAAAAAACAAAAUAGCAAAUUAAUGUUUGCACUGAACGCCUAAAGCUACAAAACAAUCAGUGCAUCUUUGAAAAAUAGACCAAUAGAUGGAAAAACAGGAUUUGUUCAGUUCCAUUAUGUUUAUUCAGCUAAUGCAAAUUUUUGCAGUAUUAUGAACUGAAAACAGAUCAUUCCAUUGCCGUCACAGCUCAGAGGGGAUCGAGUAAAAUUAGAUCAACUGCUAAAAUGUACAUCAAUCAGUCAAUGCGUCUUGUUAAAAAUAAUACACUUAAUACAAUGUUAUAAAAAAAUAAAAGCACUUGACAACCCUGUAAACACGACAUUCCUGUUCAUUCUCCAUGGCUUUCUUUUUUUUUUUUUUACAUUUCCUAACUUACUUUGGCACCAACAGAUGACAUACUUGAACAGAACAGGGUAUUGCACAAGGCUUCAACUUUCCUCUCACUUCACAGUUGGCAGAAACUGAAAGUACAACAUUCCCCCGACUUCGGCUGCAACUGAAUGCAAAGAACUUGCAUCACUUCUCUCUCCCCUAAAAUAAAUAUUAGGCCGUCUGUGUUGUUUGCACCACACACCCCCACCCACCGUGUAAAAUAAAUAAGAAAGGUCUGGCCAAAUUCAGAUGUAUGUCAUGGUCAUGUCGUGUCAAUAUAAACCGGUCAAAUCUGACACUGCAGUUCGUCGCCUGAGCCUCGACCGUCAUCUGAGCCGCUGCGUCAUGCUACAGUUGCUUCAAACGGCCUAGUCUUCAGCAGCCAGCCUGCUGUCAGAGAACCCUCAGUGCACUUGACAGUCUUGAUGAGAUUAGUCCACAUGUGAAGAAUAUGAAGCAGUUAGAGUAUGUAGUCCUGGCUAGAAGAGUAAGCCAGAUCAAGGAAGAGCUCAGACAGGGAGUGAGAAAGCCAUACAAAGAAGUGAUAGAUGUCUCCUGGGGUGACCCACACAGGGCAGGCUUGAAACCUCUGACAUUUGUGCGGCAGGUUCUUUCGACAUGUCUUUACCCUGAGCUCAUGAACAGCAACAGACUGCCUGCAGACGUCAGACAGAGGGCUCAGAGGCUGCUCGGGGGAUGUGCUGGAGGGAGUGUAGGUUCCUACACUGCUACAGAGGGUAUACCAGAAAUAGUCCACAGUGUCUCUGAAUUCAUAACCAGACGAGAUGGGGGGGUGCCGUCUGACCCUGAAAACAUAUACAUCAGCCCAGGCUCACAGUGGGCGCUCACGAACAUUCUAAACGUCCUGGUGAACAGGGAGGCCUCGACCAGAACAGGUGUUCUGACUCCGAUGCCAUGCCACAGCGCCACCACUUUGGGCAUAAUGGGACUGGGAGGAGUUGUUGUUCCCUACUACCUGAGUGAGGAGCAGGGCUGGGAGCUACAGGUAGAGGAUCUACAUCAAGCGCUGGAAUCUGCAAAGGGAGUCUGUAACCCUGUCGCUCUGUAUGUCAUCAACCCUGGAAAUCCAUCAGGUCAAGUUCAAAGCAGGAAAUCAAUGCAAGAGGUGAUCCGGUUUGUUUCAGAGAGGAGGCUCUUCCUUCUGGCUGAUGAGGUUUAUCAGGACUGUAUUUAUGGGGAAAACAGUGAGUUUGUCUCCUACAAGAAGGUCUUGACAGAGAUGGGACCUCCUCUUUCGGACACAGUGGAGCUGGCGUCCUUCCACUCAGCAUCCAAAGGCUUCAUGGGAGAGUGCGGUCUACGUGGUGGAUAUGUGGAGCUGGUAAAUCUGGAUCCUGCUGUUUUGAAAUACAUCAAGACGCUGUUCUCGACAGACAGCUGUGCCCCCGUGUUGGGUCAGUUGGCUCUGGACCUGAUGAUGAAUCCUCCACAACCAGGAGAUCCCUCAUACCCUCUUUAUGAUAUGGAGACACAGCACAUCAGGACCACACUGGUUCAUAAUGCGAAGAGAGCGGUUUCGGUUUUGAACAGUCUGCAGGGUUUCUGCUGCCAACCAGUGGAAGGAGGAGCAUUUGCAUUCCCCAGAGUGUAUCUUCCACCAAAAGCCAUUCAAAAAGCAAAGGAAGUGGGAAUGCAGCCAGAUACAUUCUACUGUAUCAGACUGCUAGAGGAGGCUGGCCUGUUAUUCAGUGCUGGUUGUGAGUACGGACAAAAGGAGGGCACCCACCACAUCAGAUUUUGCAUCAUGGCACCUGAGGACGUCAUGGAGGAAUUACUGAAACGUCUGACCAGCUUUCACACACAGUUUAUGAAGGAGUUUUCCUAAACAAAGUCACUUAAGAGAAAAAAUUUUUUGCAGUUCACUGCAGAGAAUAAAAGAGUCCAAUCAUUUUC